ACGUGGGCCGGUGACUCCGUCCUUCCCGCAGCGGCCGCGGCGCGCAGGGCACUAGGGUUAGUGGCGCGGCGGGCGGCGCGGACAGCGGAGCCGGACGCCCGCUCCCGCCACCAUGGUCAUCAAGACAGACGAGUUGCCGGCGGCCGCCCCGACCGACAGCUCCCGGGAACAUGGCUCUCAGGCCGGUGGCAAGGGGCGGCCGAGCGCGGCCGAACCCCCCUCCGUUAUGCUGGUGAAUGGAGACUGCCCAGAGAGCCUGAAGAAGGAGGAGGGGGUGACUGAGCCGCCCAGGGAAAAUGGGCUGGAUGAAGGUGAGCCAGGAGAUGAGACCACUGGACAGGAAGUCAUUGUCAUUCAGGACACAGGCUUUUCUGUGAAGAUCCUGGCCCCUGGCAUUGAGCCCUUCUCCCUCCAGGUGUCUCCCCAGGAGAUGGUACAGGAGAUCCACCAGGUGCUCAUGGACCGUGAAGAUACGUGUCACCGCACCUGCUUUUCCCUACAUCUGGAUGGCAAUAUGCUAGACCACUUUUCAGAGCUUCGAAGUGUUGAAGGACUACAGGAGGGCUCAGUGCUCCGUGUGGUAGAAGAGCCGUACACUGUGCGUGAGGCCCGCAUCCAUGUGCGCCAUGUUCGAGACCUGCUCAAGAGCUUGGAUCCAUCUGAUGCCUUCAAUGGGGUUGACUGCAACUCCUUGUCUUUCCUGAGUGUCUUCACUGACGGCGACCUGGGAGACAGUGGGAAGCGGAAGAAGGGCUUGGAGAUGGACCCCAUCGACUGCACGCCACCUGAGUACAUCCUGCCAGGGAGCCGGGAGCGGCCAUUGUGUCCCUUGCAGCCCCAGAACCGUGACUGGAAGCCUCUGCAGUGUCUGAAAGUACUCACCAUGAGUGGCUGGAACCCGCCCCCUGGGAACCGCAAGAUGCAUGGGGACCUCAUGUACCUGUUUGUGAUCACGGCUGAGGACCGGCAAGUCAGCAUCACUGCAUCCACACGGGGCUUCUACCUGAACCAGUCCACCGCCUACCACUUCAACCCCAAGCCUGCCAGUCCCCGCUUCCUCAGCCAUUCCCUAGUGGAGCUGCUCAACCAGAUCAGCCCAACCUUCAAGAAAAACUUCGCUGUGCUACAGAAGAAGAGGGUACAGCGCCACCCGUUCGAGAGGAUCGCCACCCCGUUCCAGGUGUACAGCUGGACGGCCCCCCAGGCGGAACACGCCAUGGACUGUGUGCGUGCCGAAGAUGCCUACACAUCCAGGCUGGGCUAUGAGGAGCACAUUCCUGGACAGACCCGGGACUGGAAUGAGGAACUGCAGACGACAAGGGAGCUACCCCGCAAGAACUUGCCUGAGCGGCUGCUUCGAGAAAGAGCCAUAUUUAAGGUGCACAGUGACUUCACGGCCGCAGCCACCCGGGGCGCCAUGGCAGUCAUUGAUGGCAACGUGAUGGCUAUCAACCCCAGUGAGGAGACCAAGAUGCAGAUGUUCAUCUGGAACAACAUCUUCUUCAGCCUGGGCUUUGACGUGCGUGACCACUACAAAGACUUUGGGGGGGAUGUGGCAGCCUACGUGGCCCCCACUAAUGACCUGAAUGGCGUGCGCACAUACAAUGCAGUGGAUGUGGAGGGACUGUACACGCUGGGCACGGUGGUGGUGGACUACCGUGGCUACCGAGUCACAGCUCAGUCCAUCAUCCCUGGCAUCCUGGAGCGGGACCAGGAGCAGAGUGUCAUCUAUGGCUCCAUUGACUUUGGCAAGACAGUGGUGUCACACCCGCGGUACCUGGAGCUGCUAGAGCGCACCAGCCGGCCCCUCAAGAUCCUGCGGCACCGGGUGCUCAACGAGCGGGACGAGGAGGUAGAGCUCUGUUCUUCCGUGGAGUGCAAGGGGAUUAUUGGCAAUGACGGGCGCCACUACAUCCUUGACCUUCUGCGCACCUUCCCGCCGGACCUCAACUUUCUGCCUGUGCCUGGUGAGGAGCUGCCUGAGGAGUGCAGCCGCGCUGGCUUCCCCCGGGCCCACAGGCACAAGCUGUGCUGCCUGCGGCAGGAGCUGGUGGAUGCCUUCGUGGAGCACAGAUACCUCCUCUUCAUGAAGCUGGCUGCCCUGCAGCUGAUGCAGCAAAAGGCCAAGAUGGAAAACCCCACCUCCCUGGAAAAUGGUGGGCCUGCCUCAGAGUCCAAGCCUGAAGACCCUCUGGGACCUGAGGCAGGAAGCGAGGAGGAGGGCAGUGGUGCUAGUGGCCUGGCCAAGGUGAAGGAGCUGGCAGAGACGAUCGCCUCAGAUGAUGGUACAGCAGACCCCCGGAGCCGAGAGGUGAUCCGCAAUGCGUGCAAGGCUGUGGGGUCCAUCAGCAGCACAGCCUUUGACAUUCGCUUCAACCCUGAUAUCUUCUCACCAGGGGUUCGCUUCCCUGAGUCCUGCCAGGACGAAGUUCGGGACCAGAAGCAACUUCUAAAAGAUGCUGCUGCCUUCUUGCUCUCCUGCCAGAUCCCUGGCUUGGUGAAAGACUGCACAGACCACGCGGUGCUGCCCAUGGAUGGAGCCACACUGGCUGAGGUGAUGCGCCAGCGUGGCAUCAACAUGCGCUACCUGGGCAAGGUGCUGGACCUAGUGCUGCGGAGCCCAGCCCGCAGCCAGCUGGACCACAUCUAUAAAAUUGGUAUUGGAGAGCUCAUCACACGCUCCGCCAAGCACAUCUUCAAGACCUACUUACAGGGAGUUGAGCUCUCAGGCCUCUCAGCUGCCAUCAGUCACUUCCUGAACUGCUUCCUGAGCUCCUACCCCAACCCUGUUGCCCACCUGCCUGCCGAUGAGCUGGUCUCCAAGAAGAGGAACAAGAGGAGGAAAAACCGGCCUCCAGGGGCCUUGGAUAACACUGCCUGGGCCGUCAUGACCCCCCAGGAGCUCUGGAAGAAUAUCUGUCAGGAGGCCAAGAAUUACUUCGACUUUGACCUCGAGUGUGAUUCCGUGGACCAGGCUGUGGAGACCUAUGGCCUGCAAAAGAUAACCCUCUUGCGGGAGAUCUCCCUGAAGACUGGAAUCCAGAUCCUGCUGAAGGAGUACAGCUUCGACAGCCGCCACAAGCCUGCCUUCACUGAGGAGGACGUGCUCAACAUCUUCCCUGUGGUCAAACACGUCAACCCCAAAGCCUCGGAUGCCUUCCACUUCUUCCAAAGUGGGCAGGCCAAAGUCCAGCAGGGCUUCCUAAAGGAGGGCUGCGAGCUCAUCAACGAAGCCCUGAACCUGUUCAACAACGUGUAUGGGGCCAUGCACGUGGAGAUCUGCGCCUGCCUGCGCCUCCUGGCCCGCCUCCACUACAUCAUGGGUGACUAUGCCGAGGCCCUGAGUAACCAACAGAAGGCAGUGCUGAUGAGCGAGCGAGUGAUGGGCAUCGAGCACCCCAAUACCAUCCAGGAAUACAUGCACCUGGCCCUGUACUGCUUUGCCAGCAGCCAGCUGUCUACCGCCUUGAGCCUGCUGUACCGCGCCCGCUACCUCAUGCUGCUUGUGUUCGGGGAGGACCAUCCUGAAAUGGCACUUCUGGAUAACAACAUAGGGCUGGUGUUGCACGGUGUAAUGGAGUACGACCUGUCGCUGCGCUUCCUGGAAAACGCGCUGGCUGUCAGCAUCAAGUACCAUGGGCCCAAGGCCCUCAAGGUGGCCCUCAGCCACCACCUUGUCGCCCGCGUCUAUGAGAGCAAAGCCGAGUUCCGGUCAGCCCUGCAGCACGAGAAAGAAGGCUAUACCAUCUACAAGACCCAGCUGGGUGAGGACCACGAAAAGACCAAGGAAAGCUCUGAGUACCUCAAGUGCCUGACCCAGCAGGCUGUGGCCCUGCAGCGCACCAUGAAUGAGAUCUACCGCAAUGGCUCCAGUGCCAACAUCCCACCCCUCAAGUUCACAGCCCCCAGCAUGGCCAGUGUCCUGGAGCAGCUCAAUGUCAUCAAUGGCAUCCUGUUCAUUCCUCUCAGCCAAAAGGACUUGGAGAAUCUGAAGGCUGAGGUGGCGCGGCGACAUCAGCUCCAGGAGGCCAGCAAAAAUAGGGAUAAGACUGAGGAGCCCAUGGCCACUGAGCCCGAGACAGCCGGAGCCCCAGAGGACAUGGGCACCCAGCCCCAGCUUGCCAAGGACCCUUCUUCCCUGAGCUUGCAAGGAUAGAAAGGGAGAUGGACAGUCAGCGGUCCCGGCCCCGUUACCCAGCCAUCCAGACAGACUCCAGGAAAAGGGGGCAUGCCCUGCAGAUCGGAGAGGAAGCCAGCCCCUCUUCUUCCACGUUCCACCCCUCCCACCCCAGCAUUCUCCUGGGACCCCAGCCUGGCCUGCCUGUCCCCCCUCCCCCAAAGAUGUUUUUGCACUGGUUCAAUGAAUACACGAUACAGAGACCUAGUUGAAGACACGUGAAUGGAGUGUGUGGGCAUCAGUGGGGGGCAGGCGCCCCUCAGACCCCGCCCUCAGGCAGGUGUGUGCGAGUAUGUCCAUGUCCUGAAUGUCUCCGUCUGCCCCUCCUAACCUGUACAUAGCCCUUGUCAGUGCUGAGUGGAUGACGUGCAGAUGCCACUUCUCAGGUCAUUUGUAUGUUUGACAUUAUGGCUGCUGCUUUUGCUGCCACUACCCCUGGGCCCAGCCUGGCUUGCAGUUCAGGUUUAAGCCAAAAAAAGAUGGGGGGGGGGGCUUUCCUGUGUCUUGAAGGGGGAGCUUGAGCUCUAGUGACAGGGCUGGGUAGUUGGGAUGCACUUUAGUCUGGUGGCAAGGUGAAAACUCUGGUGGUUUUACUAAUCUGGAUGGGGCCUGGCCUGGCCAUAACCGUCAGGGUGAGGGGAAGAGGUUGUAGACCCCCCAGAUAUCCUUGGGCCCAGCAGGAGGCACUGCCAUGGCUCCCUCCAACCUGCCUCCCUGCACCCCAGGUGGGGAUAACCUUGGGAGCCACCGUCUAAAUUGAAUGUAUCCUCCCCAUUUUAACCCAAGCUGCCUAACGCACAUUGGUGGGGGGAAGGUGUCUGGGGAUUGUUGCCAGAAGUAAUUGUCACCUCUCAGUGGAGCCCAGCUCCUGACCUGGCCCUUGCCACACAAGCACCUACAGACUAGCUCUGGGGUGGUGGGGGUCCCCAUUGCCCUGGCUCCCCCUCCUGCCUGCCUGUGUUGCUUCCCUGUGCCUGCUGUCGGGGGAGGAGAGCACUGUCCUGCAAGCCAAGGAAGCUGCUCUGGCUGGGGCUCUACCUGGGGCUGGCCCAGGCUGCUGCUGGGGAGGGUCCGUCCAGGUACCUUGUUUCAAAGGGAGCGGGUGUGAGCUAGCAAGCGAGGCAUCCCCAUGGCUGAUCAAGAACUUUUUCUUGUUUUUAAACCAUCACGUCUUCAUUUCACAUUGGAAUAAAGUGAGUUUUUGGAACCUGC